AUGCACAAAGAUCUAAAUUAUGCCAUCGAAAUUAUGGAAAUAGAGAAAUUAAAAUUGCAUGAACAAAUUGAUUAUUUAUAGUAAUAAAUCUAACAACUUACUAAUGAAUAUAGUGAUAAAAUAUUAGAAAAAGAUGAGGAAUUAGUUACAGCCUUUAUUAAAAUGUAAUAAGCAGAAAAAAUAAAUAAUGAUCUAGUUUUAAAAUUGCAUUCAACCAAAAAAAGUGAGGAAUAGCUUAAUAAUGCAAAUUAUAAUUUUAUCACUUUACAAAAAAAAUUAGAUCACUAAAUUUAAGAAAAUUAAAAACUAGAAUAAAAAGUUAAAUUAUUAACUGAAUAAAGUAUGCAAUUCCAAUAAAAAUGGUAAAGAGUUUCUAUGUAAUUAAAAUAAUCCACAACUCAAAAAGUUAGUGCUAGAACAAUAGAAUAAUAAUUAAGUCUAAAAUAAGAAGAAUGUUAGUAACUUAAAGAAAAGCUAGUACAAUAUUAAUUAGAAUUAACUAUAUUCAAACAAAGUGAUUAAGAAUAUAAAUAAUCUGUUCAUUAAAAAAUGCAAGCACUCUAUUAAGAAUUAAAAGAUACAUAAUAGAAAUUACAAUAAAAUUUAUAUCUUUCUUAGUAACAAAAAUAAGAUUGUUAGUAGUGUGAAUAUUUAAGAAAUGAAACUGAAUAAUUGAAGUAAAUAAUUAAUCAAGAUCAUAUUUCACAAGAAUAAAAUAGAAUAAAUAUUCAAAUUGUAUUAUAUUUGAUUUUAUCCAUAGAAUUAACAAUAAUAAUAGUAAUUAAAAGAAUACUAAAAAAGACUAAUGGAAUUAGAGUAUGAAAAUUAAAACUUAAAAUAGUAGAUUUAAUUACCAGAAUCCAUCAACUUUAAAAGCAGAGAUUGCCUUAACAUUAAAUCUAUCACCAAUCAUCCUUUGUACAUCAAAAUGAUGAAAUUAAUUGAGCAAUUGACUAAUUAGACUCAAUAAGAAUUAUUUAGAAAGUCUUUAAAUGAAUUAGGAUCGGAAAUAGAAUAAAGAGAAAAUAAAGAAUAAUAAUUAUAAGAAUGUAGAACAAUGUAUGAUAGAUUAUUAAUUAAAUACUAUGCAUUAUAAAAGAGUAUCAAUAAAAUUGAAGAAAAUACCAAUAAAAAUUACUAUGCAACUUAAUAAAUUACAUCAUCAAAACAAUAAACUUAAUAGAAGAAGACUAAUUAGUUGGAUUCCUUUUUAUAAGAAUAGGAAACGACUAAAUAAAUGAAACAAUCAAUAUUCUCCAACACACCCAAACAGAGAGUAAACAACAAACUUAAUUUAAGUUUAGAUAGUUGUUAAUUUAAAAAAUGACAUUUAUUUUAAAAUAAAAUAUAUAGAUUUUUUCCAAUAUAUUUAACGAAUAAUUAUAUUUAAUUUUUUUAAAAUGUAGUAUUGUUAAAUACACAAUCCUCAAUUUUAUUAAACUGAAUAGCAAUAAAGAGCAUAAUAAUAAAUGUAACCUUAACACAUUUUUCUUAUAAAUAAAUAUAAAAACAAGAAAAAAGCUUACAAAGGUAUAAUAAUGCGUAAUUGUAGAGUCUUUGAAUGAUUUAAGAAAUUAGAUGAAAUUUAUUUUAGAUAAAUAAUUAUAUCAAGAACAAGAAUUAACUUAGUUAAAAACCUAAUAUCAUUUAGAAAAAGAAUAAUGGCAAUAAGAAAAGAAGAUCUUGAAUUCUUUGUUUCCAUAAAAAGAUUUAAAUUUCAAUGGGUUAUAAAAGGAAAAGAAAUCUUAUAAAGAAAAGAAAAAAGAACUUGAAUAAUAAUUGUAAAAAUAAUAAUAGUAAUGUUAAUUUUAAGAAGGGAAGUUUCAGGAAAUUUUAUUAGAAAACUCAAAAUUAAAAGCAAUAAUAAAUGGAAGAGAUUAAGAAUGUUUAGCUUUAUAAUAAGAAGUUGAAUACUAUUAGAAAAGAUUAAUUUAAUUAUAAAGAUAGUGA